GACAGAGAGGAUCUGGAGGAGGAGGAAUGCUGCUGCUUUCUAACUGGUUUUAAUGGUUAAACUGGGUGUGUUGCGGGCUUGAACGGCUCGGUGACUGAGGAGGAGGUUUUAUCUGACCCAGCAAACCUUCAUGGGCCGCUUUCUAACCCACAGCAUGUCUGAAAACUGGACUUUAUUCUGAUUUACUCAUCCUGCCGCAUCUGCUGAAGGGACUCAGGGAAAACUGGGAUUAAGUCUGGAAAACCUCCCUGAUCUCCGACCACAGGAAGGAGGAUGCUGAUCCUGGUUCUUCUGUCCUGGUUCUGGAUCUUGAUCCAGGGACAGAGUUUGGACCUUGACAGCUGGACAGACCAGGCGGUGUUGUCUGACGGUCUCUGUCGCUAUGGUAACAGCGUGGAGUGCUGCUGGGGCUGGAGACGGAUGGACUGGGGACGGUGUCAACCUGACUGUCAGCAGGGCUGUAAACACGGAGACUGCGUGGGACCCGACAAAUGCAAAUGUCACCCAGGAUACACCGGCAAAGCCUGUAACCAAGACCUGAACGAAUGCGGUGUGAAGCCUCGGCCUUGUAAGCACCGCUGCAUGAACACGCCGGGCAGCUACAAGUGUUACUGUCUGGACGGAUACGCUCUGCAGCCGGACGGCAGCUGCAGGAAUGUACGGACCUGUUACCAUGCCAACUGUCAGUACGGCUGCGAGGUGAUGAAGGGCGAGGUGCGGUGUACCUGUCCGUCUCCAGGGUUACGUCUGGGCCCAGACAGACGCUCCUGUGUCGACAUAGACGAGUGUGCGCUGGGCGGAGUCAUGUGUCCUCGUCACAGGAAGUGCUUCAACACGUUCGGGAGCUUCUUCUGUAAAUGUCACCUGGGCUUCAAGCUGACGUACAUCAACGGGCGCUACGCCUGCAUCGAUAAGGACACUCGGCCGUUCUGCUCCCUCAACGCUUCUUCUCCAAAGUGCAGGUGUAAAGACGGAAGCUGCAAAGGGAUCCUCAAAGUGAUUUUAGAGCCGCACAGACCCAGAACUACAACUCCCAUCACCACCACUGCCACAACCUCCACGACUGCUACUACAUCUACAACCAAACCUACAACUACUAUAACCACUACAACCACACCUACCACCAUACCUACAACCAUACCGACAACCAGAACUUCAACCACUCUCACCGCUACUUCCACCACUGUUUCAUCUACAGCUUAUCCAACAACUGUUGCCUUGACGACGACUAUCAUAGCAACAACCUGGACAGCUACCUCUACUGUUGCUAUGACGACAAAAACACUAACCACACUGCCUGCCACAACUGUCACUACAACUCCUCCCACUGUCCCAGCAACCACUGCUCAGACCACGCCCACACCUGAGGCUUCCACCACAGCCCUGACUACACCUCCUCCUCCCCCUGCUCCACCCACUACUGCACCUGUGGUUGCCACAGCAACCACAAUGCUACCCACCACCUUGGUGACAACCACGCUGAACAACAGAAUCAACAAGGACGUGACGCAGAGACAGAGAGGGGACGUCCAAAUACCUCGGCAGCCCGGACACAACCACGUCUGGGAGUUUGAGAUCGAGCUGGGAAACACAGCCGAGGACGCUGGGGACAAUCCUGAGUUCGGUGAUCUCCACUGCAGCUUUGAUCGUGGCCUCUGUGACUGGAUAUCAGACAGAGAGGGAGAUCUGCACUGGGAAGCUGUGGACAGUCCUGCAGGUGGGCGGUACCUGUCUGUCCCUGAACUAAAGGCGGGGCAAAGGAGCAACCGAGGCGCCCGAUUGGCCGUUGACAUAGUCCCUCUGCUGAAUCAGGGCGACAUGUGUUUCUCCUUCUCCCAUUGGUUGACAGGGCACCAUGUAGGCGUCCUGCAGCUGUUCAUCCGCAAAAAAGGACGGGACCAAAGGUAUGGCUCCGCCCUCUGGAGCAGGACAGGUGGACAUGGGUGGAGACAGACGCAGGUUACCUUGGAGACACAUUCUGUGGACAAAGUACUGUUAAAGGCCGAGCGAAGGAUUGGACAACGAGGACAGAUACUGGUCGAUGAUGUCACACUGAGACAAGGGGCGUGUCUAUGACAUCAUCAGCAGAGUGAUCAGAGACCUUCAGGUCGCCUCAUUUAAAGGACCAUUCUGCUGAUUUUUAACGCUGGACCUGAACGUUAGACUGCUGAUGGGUUUGAGUAGAUCUACUGAAACUGGAAACAAGACUGGAGGCGUCCUUCAUCUCCUGAGGUUGUCUUAAAACCACGAUCAGCAGCCUUGGACUCAUCUUCUGUCAGCUGCUGUUUGUUUGGUUUGUUCAUUCCUCCAGAGCAUAAAGGUUGAUCAGAUCCUU